UCGCAGGGGUGUCCGGGCCUGUCAGCGAGGGGAGAGCAGCGUCUGCCAUGGCCAAUGUGAGUGAGUGACGCCAGAGCUUGCGGCUAUCCCGGGAACAGCGCAGUUGAGGAUUAAAUGCAAUUACAAACAGGUGCUCUGUAACAGAGCAAGAUUGGUCACCUACCUCCCAGGCUUUUAUUCCUUGCUCAGAAGAGUUGGGAAUGCCAAGGCUUUUUCCACUGCAGGAUCUUCUGGCUCAGAUGAGCCUCACGUGGCUGCUGCACCUCCUGAUUUAUGUCCCAGGACGGUGUGGCCGGACGAGCUGAUGGGGCCCUUUGGCCCUCAGGACCAGCGCUUCCAGCUGCCCGGGAACAUCGGCUUCGGCUGCCACCUGCACGGCACUGCCGGGCAGAGAGCCCGGCCCGCCCGGAGCCUGCCCGACCUCCUGGCUGAGCCCUCGGCCGGCGACAGGCACGAGUUUGUCAUGGCCCAGUGCAUCAGCGAGUUCCAGGGUUCUGAUGCUCCCCAGAAGCAGCAGAUCAACAAUGCUGAAACCUACUUUGAAAAUGCCAAGGUGGAAUGUGCAGUGCAAGCCUGUCCUGAGCUGCUGAGAAAAGACUGGAUUUGCCCAGGGCAGCGUGCAGAGCAGCACAAACUCCAUUUCCUUCCCCGUUCAGAUUUCCAGGCGCUGUUCCCGGAGGCGCGCCCCGAGCGCCUGACCGUGCUCACCGUCACCCAGAGGAGCGAGCACGACAUGAGCGUGUGGAGCCACGAGGUGGAGGAGGAGAGGGAGCAGCUCCUGGACAACUUCAUCAAUGGUGCCAAGGAAAUCUGCUAUGCAAUUUCUUCUGAGGGCUACUGGGCUGAUUUCAUUGAUCCAUCCUCAGGACUGGCAUUUUUCGGGCCUUACACCAACAACCCCCUGCUGGAGACGGACGAGCGCUACCGGCACUUGGGAUUUUCCGUGGAUGACCUGGGCUGCUGCAAAGUGAUCAGGCACAACCUCUGGGGCACCCACGUGCUGGUGGGCAGCAUCUUCACCAACGCCGAGCCCGACAGCCCCAUCAUGAGGAAACUCAGUGGCCGCUGAGCCCUCGGCUCCCUCGGGUUCUUCUCCCUCGGCGCGCUCAGGAAUCGCUCACGUCCGAGCGUUCCUGGAGAAUAAAAGUAGCUGUUAUUUAUUUCUGGUCUUUUGGGGAGUGUGUUCUCAGCACACGUGGAGGAUGGAGAAGCAGAGGAGUGGUCGUUUCCUUUUUAAGUUUGCUGUUGUACCUCGACAGUUCUGUCUUUUCGCUGCUCGGUUUAGCAGUCAGAAUCCUAUGAAAAUGCCGCUGAAAUUCCCGGCAAAUCUGCCAUUCCUGAAAUUAGGAACUGGCAAAAAAAAAAAAAGGAAUGAGUCAUAAAAUUGUUCUUCCAGAAUACAGAAUUUAAUAAAAUCCGGGCUAAUCACUCAGAUGCUGUUGGAAAAUGAGAAUGAGGUCAGCUUCCAGUGGUCUCCAGCUCAUCCAGAGACUCCACAAAAAGUCCUUAAUUACCCUGGAAUUACUCAUCUCUUAUUGUUUUUUGUCUUCAUGGUGCUUGGGAUUUAUUUUCUCAGUGUUAGCUAAAUAUAUUUAAUUAGUUUAUAUACUUAUAUGUAAUUUCAGGUUGCUUUUGUAACUUUCUUAGGUCAUUAAAUACAAAAAAAAAGAGGUAA